AUGGUACCCUGGGUAAGGCCAAGAUGCAAACUCCUCAAAGAACGUAAACAAGUCGAUCCAGUUAACGCUCUUCACAGCUACGAUCCUUAUGGCGACCAGGCCAUGCAGGAUGCUGCCGCAUGGAUGCCACAACGAAAAUGGAUUUCCAACAACCCCAUUUUCGAAACCACCAACACGUCUCUUUCCUGCAACACCCCUGGUACACCCGCUCGCGCAUACAUACCCAUUCGCGCGGGCGAUAACAUAACCGCCGUGUACUCGUACUGGGUGCAUACUGUCGGUCCUAUGAUAGCCUGGAUGGCAUACUGCGACAACGCCGAGAAUGACUGCACGACCUUUUCUAGCGAGACGGCAGAUUGGUUCAAGAUCGGCGAGAAAGGGUUGCUGGAAGGUAGCAUCGAGACUGGAGAGUGGUUCCAGAAGGUGUUCAGUAUGUGGGACGGAAGUCCAAGUCUAUGGAGUGAAACGGUGCCUGUGGGGCUGAAGGCGGGAAGGUACUUGGUGAGGCAUGAGAUUAUCAGCUUGCAUUCCGCGAAUAUCACGAACGAUAAAGCGGAAGGAUCGAUUCCUAGCGAGAAGUAUAUGGUCAAGAUUCCAGGCGUGUGGAGUAUGGACCGUACGUAUGCGAAUGGCCGGGUAUAG